UUGGGCUAAAAAAAAACAUACGAGCAAAAAACAAUGGCGCGUCUUCUUCUAAAACCUCACAACAGCAGUAGACACUGCAUCUCUUUACUUAGAGCUACCAUGACCUCCUCCUCCUCUUCUUCUGUUACUUGGUCUCACUCAUUCUCUUCUCUCUCCCGCCCCUUAGUCUCCUUCAAGCCAAGGGUGAGUUUUCCAUUGAGGACGGUUCCAAGUAGAUUUUUGGUGCAAAAUGGGGUCUCACCAAGAGCUUUAAUGUCUACCAGUGCAGCAACUGAUUCACAGAAAGAAAGCGCGAGCUCGAAAGCUUAUGGGUCUGAUCAAAUUCAGGUGUUGAAAGGAUUAGAGCCUGUAAGGAAAAGGCCAGGGAUGUAUAUUGGAAGUACGGGACCGCGUGGUCUGCACCAUUUGGUGUAUGAGAUAUUAGAUAAUGCUGUUGAUGAGGCCCAAGCAGGAUAUGCUUCAAAGAUAAAUGUUGUUCUGCAUUCGGAUAAUUCCAUUAGCAUUACUGACAAUGGGCGUGGGAUUCCCACUGACUUGCAUCAGGUGACAAAGAAAUCUGCCUUGGAGACUGUGUUAACGGUCUUACAUGCUGGCGGCAAAUUUGGUGGUUCUAACAGUGGAUAUAGUGUCUCUGGUGGGCUACAUGGUGUGGGUUUAUCUGUUGUCAAUGCUUUGUCUGAGGAACUAGAAGUUACAGUUUGGCGUGAUGGAAAGGAAUACCAGCAGAAAUAUUCUCGUGGAAACCCUGUGACAACUCUAAUGUGUUAUGAACUUUCAGCUGAAUCAAAAGACCAAAAAGGGACUCGCAUCAGAUUCUGGCCUGACAAAGAAGUAUUCACCACUGAGAUUCAGUUUGACUACAACACAAUAGGUGGACGGGUUAGGGAGCUUGCAUUUUUGAACCCAAAGCUUGCUAUUUCAUUGAAAAAAGAGGACAAUGAUCCGGAGAAGAAUCAGUAUGAUGAACAUUUCUAUGCAGGUGGAUUGAUUGAAUAUGUGAAUUGGCUAAAUUCUGAUAAGAAAUCGCUUCAUGAUGUUGUGAGUUUCAGAAAAGAAGUAGAUGGAAUUGCAAUUGAUAUGGCUCUCCAAUGGUGUUCUGAUGCUUACUCAGAUACAAUCCUGGGAUAUGCUAAUAGCAUACGUACUGUUGAUGGUGGAACCCAUAUAGAUGGGGUGAAGGCUUCAUUGACAAGAACUCUCAAUAACUUUGGGAAAAAGUCAAAAGUCAUUAAGGAUAAGGAUAUUAGUUUAAGCGGUGAACAUGUAAGGGAGGGAUUGACAUGCAUUAUCUCAGUCAAAGUUCCAAGCCCAGAAUUUGAAGGUCAGACAAAGACAAGGUUGGGAAAUCCGGAGGUGCGGAAAGUGGUAGAGCAAUCUGUCCAGGAGUAUCUUACUGAAUAUUUGGAGUUGCAUCCUGAUGUUCUUGAUUCAAUCUUAUCAAAGUCUCUAAAUGCUCUCAAGGCAGCUUUGGCAGCAAAGAGGGCAAGAGAAUUGGUGAGACAAAAAAGUGUUUUGAAAUCAUCAUCUCUUCCAGGAAAACUGGCUGAUUGCUCAUCUACAGAUCCUGAAGAAUCUGAAAUUUUUAUAGUUGAAGGAGAUUCAGCUGGAGGGAGUGCCAAACAAGGCCGUGAUCGACGCUUUCAGGCUAUUCUCCCUUUGAGGGGUAAAAUUCUGAAUAUAGAAAGAAGAGAUGAGGAGGCAAUGUACAAAAAUGAAGAGAUCCAAAAUCUUAUACUUGCCCUUGGACUUGGAGUGAAGGGAGAGGAUUUUAAAAAAGAUGCUCUUCGUUAUCAUAGGAUCAUCAUCUUAACAGAUGCUGAUGUGGACGGUGCUCACAUCCGAACUCUUCUGCUGACUUUCUUCUUUAGAUAUCAGAGAGCUUUAUUUGAUGAAGGCUGCAUUUAUGUUGGUGUGCCACCCCUAUAUAAGGUUGAGAGGGGAAAGCAGGUUUACUAUUGUUUUGAUGAUGCAGAACUCAGAAAGAUUCAAAGUUCAUUCCCUCAAAAUGCAUCAUACAACAUGCAAAGGUUCAAAGGCUUGGGGGAAAUGAUGCCUGCACAACUGUGGGAAACAACAAUGGACCCAGAGCAAAGGCUGCUGAAACAAUUAGUGGUUGAAGAUGCAGCAGAGGCCAGUGUUGUCUUUUCAUCUCUUAUGGGUACCCGGGUGGAUGGCCGCAAGGAACUUAUUCAGAAAGCGGCAAGAAUGAUUAACGUUGAUCAUUUGGACAUCUGACAACACCAAAGUUUUUAUGCUGUACACAGCGACACGGAUAAGUCAGAGGUGGUGCGGCUACAUGAUUGACCUAGGCAUCCCAUUUUUUUUGAUCUCCAUGUCAAUCCAUAGAUUGCUUUUGGGUGUAAAAAAAGGCGGAAGAGUUCAGUAGGUGGUUCGGCCAUUGCAGUUAAGAUGUGCGAACGUUGAACUCUAUUAAUCUAGAAUGUAUAAUAGCAUCAAUUUUCCUCUCCAUAGAUGUACUUUUAGUUUAAUUUUCUGUUGAUAUCAGUUUCUCAAAGGCUUCAUGAGAUAACAUUUGAUUAUUAUUAUGGGGCAGAAGAAAUAGGGAUAAUGGGGAUAGAAAUGUAUUUGAUUAAAAAGACAUGAAUGUAUUCAUAAAAAAAAGUUGUUUCAUUGA